UUGUAAAGAUGUUCGAACUGCGAGGACUAAUCGUUAUUCUUAGCCUUUUCCUAUUUUCAGGAGAUGUCCAAGGCGAUUGUCAGCUGCGCUUGGCUGACACAUGGACCGAUCGUAUUUUUGCUUAUUAUGGUAAAAACGGCUACGAACUUUUGCUCACGGAUCGGCUGGGAACUUAUCAGCAAAUAAGUUUGCUUUGCGGUGGCAAUGAAGCCGUCUUUACCACCACCUGUCAGUGGAACGGUCGACUUUAUCCAGAUCUGCCCAAAAAGAAUUGCACUGUGGCAAUUCCAGCAUCGGUUGAGACGUCAAGGGAUUCCACUUGUGGUGCCACUAUGUACCAUGUGGGCUUCUGGUUUAAGAAGACUUUCUUGGAGCUCUAUAGAAACUGCUACGACGGCGCAACAAUGACGGCCUAUUUCUCCAUCGCCAAGGUUUACCCCACAUACUUAAGUUCCAUUCGUCCACCUACCGCCUUCGAUCGUGAUGGGAUCAUCUCUCCUGCAGACGAGGCAACCUUUCAGCAGAAAAAUAUCUACAAUCGGUUCGAGACACUCCUGGGACCCAAGCAAAACUACAUACUUUCUGCCAACAGUCUCUCCUUCGACCGAGGACAUCUCACUCCGGUCGCGGACUUCACUUUUCCCACGGUCAUGCGGGCGACAAACAAGUACUUGAACGUUGUGCCUCAGUACUACAGCUUCAAUCGCGGCAACUGGAAGACCGUGGAGGCUUGGGUGCGCGAUCAGCACCAAAUCCAGAACGUCUGCACCGGAGCCUUGGGCGUCCUCGAGUUGAACAAUAAGCAAAAUCUUCGGACUCCGAUUUACCUGGCUCCGAAGAAGAACCCCGUUCCCAGGUGGCUGUACAAGAUCGUUCACAACUUCAGCACCAAGCGGAAGACUGUGAUUGUGACUUCCAACAAUGGCUGGGACACCAAUCCAUUCUCAUUCUGUCGCGUUGUCACCUGCCCCCCAUCCUUGCAUGCAAGUGGCACUGGAUUCACCUUCUGCUGCGAUCCCAACCACUUCAUUAAUACAUACGUUCCAAAUCUGGCUAAUGUUUGUUAGGACUAGACUGAGGAGAACAACAAUUAUCCAUAAUGAGCACACAUAUAUAAGCAAAUACUAAAAAAAGAUAUACAUUAGAGCGCAGGAAAUUAUUAUUAUCAGACAUUACAAUUCAGAAUAUACCUGUUACUCGAAAA